GGAGAAAGUGGAGCGGGGCGCGCGGCGCUGUUCUUCGGACGCUCGCGGCGCACGCUCCGGCGGACUCUCCCCGCUCUCCCCGCGCGGCCCCGCGCCUCUGUCGAGGAUGAGGAAAGGUCUGCGGGCGACGGCGGCCCGCUGCGGACUGGGACUGGGAUACGCGCUGCCCGCGCUUGUGCUACCUGCCCUGGCCCUGCUCAGCGCCAGCUCCGCCGCCCAAGAUGAUGACUUUUUUCAUGAACUUCCAGAAACCUUUCCAUCGGAUCCACCUGAGCCUCUGCCACACUUCCUUAUUGAGCCUGAAGAAGCUUAUAUUGUGAAGAAUAAGCCUGUGAACCUGUAUUGUAAAGCCAGCCCCGCCACACAGAUAUACUUCAAAUGCAACAGUGAAUGGGUUCACCAAAAGGACCACAUCGUAGAUGAGAGAGUAGAUGAAACCUCUGGUCUCAUUGUCCGGGAAGUGAGCAUUGAGAUUUCUCGCCAGCAAGUGGAAGAACUCUUUGGGCCCGAAGACUACUGGUGCCAGUGUGUGGCCUGGAGCUCAGCAGGCACCACGAAGAGCCGAAAGGCCUAUGUGCGCAUUGCAUAUCUACGGAAGACCUUUGAGCAGGAGCCCCUGGGAAAGGAAGUGUCCCUGGAACAGGAAGUUUUACUCCAGUGCCGACCACCUGAAGGGAUCCCAGUAGCUGAGGUAGAAUGGCUGAAAAAUGAAGACAUAAUUGAUCCUGUUGAAGAUCGGAAUUUUUAUAUUACUAUCGACCACAACCUCAUCAUAAAGCAGGCCCGCCUCUCAGACACCGCGAAUUACACCUGUGUUGCCAAGAACAUUGUUGCUAAGAGGAGAAGCACGACCGCCACUGUCAUAGUCUAUGUCAAUGGUGGCUGGUCCACCUGGACAGAGUGGUCCGUGUGUAACAGCCGCUGUGGACGAGGGUAUCAGAAGCGCACGAGGACCUGCACCAACCCAGCUCCACUCAACGGCGGUGCCUUCUGUGAAGGGCAAAGCGUGCAGAAAAUAGCCUGUACUACUCUAUGCCCAGUGGACGGCAGGUGGACCUCAUGGAGCAAGUGGUCCACCUGUGGGACUGAGUGCACUCACUGGCGCCGGAGGGAGUGCACAGCGCCGGCCCCCAAGAAUGGGGGCAAGGACUGCGAUGGGCUAGUUCUGCAAUCCAAGAACUGCACUGAUGGACUCUGCAUGCAGAGUUUCAUUUAUCCUAUUUCAACUGAACAGAGAACCCAGAAUGAAUAUGGAUUUUCUUCUGCUCCUGACUCAGAUGAUGUGGCGCUCUAUGUGGGAAUCGUGAUCGCGGUGAUAGUGUGCCUGGCCAUCUCUGUGGCCGUGGCUCUGUUUGUGUAUCGGAAGAAUCAUCGGGACUUUGAGUCCGAUAUUAUUGACUCUUCAGCCCUCAAUGGGGGCUUCCAGCCUGUGAAUAUCAAAGCAGCCAGACAAGAUCUCCUGGCGGUGCCCCCGGACCUCACAUCGGCUGCAGCCAUGUACAGGGGACCUGUCUACGCCCUGCAUGAUGUCUCGGACAAAAUCCCAAUGACCAAUUCUCCAAUUCUGGAUCCACUACCCAACCUGAAAAUCAAAGUGUACAACACCUCAGGUGCUGUCACUCCCCAAGAUGACCUCUCUGAGUUCACAGCCAAGCUGUCCCCCCAGAUGACACAAUCCUUGCUGGAGAACGAGGCUCUCAACCUGAAGAACCAGAGUCUGGCCAGGCAGACUGACCCGUCUUGUACAGCAUUUGGCACCUUUAACUCCCUUGGUGGUCAUCUCAUUGUCCCUAAUUCAGGGGUGAGCUUGCUGAUUCCUGCCGGGGCCAUUCCCCAGGGGAGAGUCUAUGAGAUGUAUGUGACUGUACACAGGAAAGAAAAUAUGAGGCCCCCCAUGGAAGACUCGCAGACACUGCUGACCCCUGUGGUGAGCUGUGGGCCCCCUGGAGCCCUGCUGACCCGCCCCGUCAUUCUCACCCUGCACCACUGUGCAGACCCCAGCACCGAGGACUGGAGGAUCCAGCUCAAGCACCAGGCAGCACAGGGACAGUGGGAGGAUGUGGUGGUGGUCGGAGAAGAAAACUUCACCACACCCUGCUACAUCCAGCUGGACGCGGAAGCCUGCCACAUCCUCACGGAGAGCCUGAGCACCUAUGCCCUGGUCGGCCAGUCCACCACCAAAGCUGCUGCAAAGCGCCUGAAGCUGGCCAUCUUUGGUCCUCUCUGCUGCUCAUCCCUGGAGUACAGCAUCCGAGUCUACUGUCUGGAUGACACCCAGGAUGCCUUGAAGGAAGUCUUACAGCUAGAGCGGCAGAUGGGAGGACAGCUCCUGGAAGAUCCCAAGGCCCUUCACUUCAAAGGCAGCACCCACAAUCUGCGCCUGUCGAUCCACGACAUUGCCCAUUCCCUCUGGAGGAGCAAACUGCUGGCUAAAUACCAGGAAAUUCCUUUUUACCAUAUUUGGAGUGGGUCUCAAAGAAACCUCCACUGUACUUUCACUCUGGAGAGAUUCAGCCUGAACACAGUGGAGUUGGUGUGCAAACUGUGUGUGCGACAGGUGGAAGGAGAGGGGCAGAUCUUCCAGCUCAACUGCACUGUGUCCGAGGAACCCACUGGCAUUGAUUUGCCGCUGCUGGAUCCAGCCAGCACCAUCACCACUGUCACAGGGCCGAGCGCAUUCAGCAUCCCUCUCCCUAUCCGGCAGAAGCUCUGCAGCAGCCUGGAUGCCCCACAGACCCGUGGCCAUGACUGGCGGAUGCUGGCCCAUAAGCUCAACCUGGACAGGUACUUGAAUUACUUUGCCACCAAAUCCAGCCCGACUGGUGUAAUCUUGGAUCUUUGGGAAGCACAGAACUUCCCAGAUGGAAACCUGAGCAUGCUGGCAGCUGUCUUGGAAGAAAUGGGAAGACAUGAAACAGUAGUGUCUUUAGCAGCAGAAGGGCAAUAUUGACCACGCUGGAACUAAACAUGAAGGACAGAAUGCACGGGAGUCUGUGGCUGUCCAGGGAAACACUGCCGGGGAGGAAGUCCAGAGGAGACCAAUGAGCUUCACAGGCAAGAUGGCAGCAGGAGAGAGAAAGAAAACAGAUACAAUACCAAUGUACACGCCCACUUUAUUUGGACAGCAUCACAGGAGUUAAAAAUUGUAUAAAUUUGUACCUUGAAUUUAGAAAUCAACCUAAUUUUCCUCUUAGUUGGGCUGUAUGCUGUAUGGUACAGGAUCUUACAGUUUCCUAGGAAACGCUUUUUAUUGCUAUCCAGAUAUAUGGAUAAACUUUCUUAACAAACCCAAUUUCUACAAACGUUGUUUACAUCAAAUUGGACAGGGAUGCAGACACUGUCCAUGGCUCGUUCUAUUUUUGUUCAAAUCAUUUGAAGUUGAAGCUGUGGACGGUUUCUUUUGUCUAUUUCAGAUUAGUAAUUUACAGAGAAAUUGCAGACUUUUGAUAUAAAUCGUGUACAUCAAGUGUCUCAGAUAAUCCUCCCAUGAGUGUUGUUUCUAGAACUUAUAGAACUAGCAUUACCAUUUGUAUCAGGGAAGUGAAGAAUCUAAAUCCAAAAGUCAAACAACUAAGGUUCCUUAUGCCUUGGCAGGGGGCCUAUCCAGUGCCCUUUGGGAAUAAAGCUUAGCAUUGGAGGGAAAAGAAUAAUUCAUGUUCAGCCACACAAACAUUUCUUCAGGACAUGUGUGUUUGUAAUAUGCAAUUUGAAGUGGUUUUUUAAAGGUCUUAUUAUUGAGUAUCUACAAGUAUUGUGGUAAAAGGACUUUUGGUUUUUGUUAGCACUAUUGUUAAUGUUUGGUAUUAUUAACUAGAUCUGCCUCACUGUCUCACAAAUCAGGUUGGGUUAACCAAUUCAGUUAGCAGGCAUUGCUUCACUGGCCUUUGACCUUUGUCAUCCUGCCCUGGAAAAAGGUAGCAAAGGCUUCCAGGCUUUGACAAUUUGUUCAUCUUGCAUCGGCAGGGUCUUCCUCCUCUGAUUCUUACCAGACAUGUUCUCUUUGAAGUUCUCUUAAUGUUGUGAUUGUAUGGCCCCACACUGACUCCCCUCAGGGCUCUGUCUACCUGAGGGAUAGGGUGGUUGAAGGAAUGGCCUCUGAACUGGAAAUUAGAAAACCACUCUGGAUUUGGUCCUGUCUGGCUGUGCUACGUUAUGAAAAGCACUGAAACUCUCUAGAGCUCAGUUUCCUUACCCGAAAAAUAGGGGGUAAGAUUAGAUCAUCUCAAAUUUUAAAAUGCUGGACUUCUAUUGUGAGGCCUCAUUCAUCAGUCUGAAAAUGACAAUGAACUCUGCCUUGAAUCAUUUAAACAGUCAGCUAGUCUUUUUCUCAGCCUGCAAUAUGCUUUUCAAGUAGUUUUGACUUGGAAGAAAAUUAUUCUAACCUGCGAUGUACUUGUUCAGCAUUCAAUCUUAUGUUAUUAUCAUUUUCUUGUCCUCUCUCAUAGGACCCCUAGCGUUCUAGCCUCGUUACUUGUUGUAAAUUUUUAUUAUUGUUUUGAACUCAUGACAUCAAGACCAUUCCUGCAAAUCUGGCAGUAGAAACUUGGUGCAUUUUUUUUCUCUUCAAUCUUUGCUUUAAUACUGUUCAGUAGCAUUUACAAAGGUUAUUUAAUUAGUCCUUUUAUCCUAUAAAAUGUUAGCCAAGAGACUACUUAGUGUAAACUAUGGUUUCCUUGGGACCAUCACAGGCUCUUUAACAUAGGGACUCAGUUCACCCAGCAGUGGGAGUAAAGAGUCAACAAUAGCCCAGUGACCAAACGAAGACUGAACAAGAAGCAUCCUGUGCUUGAGUGGGAACCUUCAGAACCUGACUGAGGUGUCUUUGGGAUGAAGGUAUCCACAUUGCUAAUUGCAUUUGAAUUAGAAAUUAUUUCACACAUUUUCUCCCCUCAUUCCACAUGUUCCCUCUUGUUGUUUGCUUACUUAAUAUUCUCAGACUCCUCCAUUCUCAUUAUUAAGGAACCAUCCUUACAUACCAUUUUUUCAUCUUCUAUUUUUGAGAGCUAUUCCAUAAACUGUUUCUCUAGUCACCCUGUUCAUUAAAAUUUCCAUAUAUAAAAUAUUGGUUCCAUUGGUUGUGGAAGGAGGAGAUUGCACUAAUGAACAAGGUCAGUGGAUAAUGUUUGUACUGAUGAGUAAAGCUGUAUUCUAAAUUAAAAAUUUAAAUAACCUUUAAAAGCAAAAUGAGGAAAGAGUUACUGUCCAUUAUUGCAUCUUGAGAUAAAAUUAACUUGUCAAGAUUGCUUAUUACUGGAAAUCAUCUCAAGAAAUCAAGAACUGGAAAUCUGAACUGGAUGUUCAAGGAAACCUCAAUGCUAUAUGAAAGGUAGAAGGCAGCAAAAAUUUAGCUCUCCAGAUGAAUCAAUUUCAAAAUUUUUACUAAAAGCUUUGAUUAAAAAGAACCAACACAGAAAUACUGAGCAUAACAGGUAUUGAAGCCACUGAGGGCUGUUGGAAUUCACUUCAGAUGCUUGGUUUUUGGUUCAACCUCCCACCACUAGAAAAGGGAAGAGUGAUUGAUUCCUCAUGGGGUAAGCAUCUAUCACAAAACUGUUAUGUUUCCUAUCAAGUGGAUGACAACUUCCAUACAUACAGUACCCCAUAUGUCAAAAUAUUUUCACUAAGAAUUCUGCUUUCCUUCUCCUUUUGAGGAAAGUAAUAGCUGUUAGAUUGCUCUCCAACUUAGAAGGUUCAAACACAACAGUUCAUUUCACAGGAGCCACUCCAUCAUCCAGGGUGCCACUUCCUGUUUCCACACAGCUGUGAGCAGAGAGAGCACUGCCUUCCUUCAUGCUGAUGGGAAAAACUAUCAUUUGUACAUGGUGCCAUCUAGUGGCAUGCAACACAACCUACGCUGCGUUUAGCUCCUAAGUCACUAAAAGUUGAUUGACAGAGUGAAUAAGCAGGGUCUUUAUGACAAAUAGAUAUGUGGGAAUCUUCACUUUGACUCUGUAAUAGUUGUCUCAUGUUUUUUCAAUUAAAUCACCCACCUCAAAACAUGUCAUUAUGAGCCUAAUACAUCUUCAACUCAUUUAUACAUGUCCUAAGUUGCUUCUUUGUAAUGGAAACAUAAAACUGUCUUUGAAAGUUGUCAUUCUAACAUUUUUUAUUUCAUUGGACUUUGUAUGUUUUAAAAUACUUUUCCUCCAGUUCCCUGCUAUUUACCUUUGGAAAGGUAGGAGGUAUCUGCUUAGAAAGAAGAAAGUCUUAUAGAUGCAAAUGGCAACACUGUGUCUAAGGAAGAGAAAAUUGUGGUUGUUGAUAAAGGAGAUGAAAGAAGCUUCUUCUGAAUUUGUGAAUCUAAAGGCAAAGCUUCAUCCUGUUUUCAUUUUAUCCUCAACGCUAAUUCACAUUUUCUUAGUGGUCUGGAAGGAAUAAAGUUGGAUUCAGAAUUGCUAACUGGGCACCUGGUGAUGACAAGUGUGACGCCAAAGAUCUCGUAGCCAGCAGCCUUUCACCAACAUACUCUGAUGUACACACUCACCUUGUGACACAGAUGAUCGCAUCCUCACAUGAGCAGCGCCAGCUCUUCAAGGGCAGGACACUGUCAGGGGUGAGGUGUUCAGUGUUAUAGUGCAUCAUCAUUAGCCAGUCCAUAAAAGAGCAGAGUCAUUCUUAAGGAAAAAGUCAUGGGCCCGAGUUCAGGGCACUUGGAACGUAGGCAUUCACUAAUGGGUUUUAAAAGAUUUUUCUCCUAGAAGCAAGGUAUAUUAAAAACAAACAUUCAUAGGAAGAACUCAGACUUUUCCAGUCUGGGAAAAAGUAGAUGAGUCUCUUGUCUUAAGUGUCCUGUGCAUUUGUCAGAGACACAGCAGAUAUGCUCUUGGGCCACUCACAAACCUACACACGAAGAAGGGAGCUGGUAAAGUGAGCGCUGUCUCCCCAGAAUCCAUGGGCUCUUGCUUCUAGAGGGGUUGCUCCCUGGGGCCAUCAGAUGUAAAACUGUACAAGGACCUGUAAGGGUAUGUAAAAAAGAUAGAAAAGGUUUGUGCUCAGUCUGUAAGUUGAAUGUGCAUUUUAGUUUUGCUGAGCAGUUAUUCUAGACAAGUCAUUAGUUUUGUGUAGAGUCCUCAAUGCAAGUCCAAGGGCAGAGAAAGGAAGAACAACCAAUGAAACACAGCUGGAAUGAAACUAGGCUCUAGCCAUGUGCUCUGAGAAGCUUUGUAAGUCAGAAUGUCACUGCUCAAGACCAAUUAUUUGUAAAGAUGAUCGUAGCCAAUGAGCAUUAGAUUUUAUAAAUACAAUAAGAAAUAUUUUUAUCAAUUAUAUCAAGGUAAUAACAUUUUUUACCUUUCCAGUGCCUCAUAGGACCAACUAUUCUACUUUGUUUUUCUUUUUGUAUUAUUUUUAUAUUUUUAAAUGUACUGAGCUAAUGUUGACUGAAAUCUUUAGAACUUUCCCUCUGUGCAAUGAAAUACUGUUUCUCUACUCUAAGAGAUCUAUUUGUAUAAUGUGUAGCUGUUAAUGAUCACUUUGAAAGAUUUCCCUUGCAUCUUUAAUGAUUUUUUAAUGAAAUAAGGAAUAUGGAAAAUAAAUAUAUUGUAACCAAUGUUAAUUUAAGCUGAUGUCCAUGCGGGCCAAGUAAAUGAAGUAAUAAGUAUUUCCAGGAUUGUGACCUGAAAAACUAUUUUUGAAAGCUGGGCCUAUGGUCUUGAAUGUCACUGAGUGGAUUUGCUACAGACUAACAGUGAACUUCCUGAUUCUUUCGUCUUGGCAGCCAUGCAGCUGCUCAUGUUUUCAGAACUCUUUUGUUGAAGAUCCAUCUUCAGAAGAGUUCACAGCUCCAGAAUUCCCAGUGGGUGUGGCUGCUCCUUGUCCUGAUCCAUGGUGGGAUGGUAACAGGCUCACUCAACCAAGUGUACUGUAGGCCUCGGGCUUGCUUUCCUGUUGCUGGAGAGGUGUCAACAGGCCAAAUGGAUAGGCUCUCCACAAUGUGUGAACACACAGAGACAAGGUACAGGAGGCUAGGCCCAGUCCUUUGGGACUCAGGCUCCUCUAUACUGAAGGGAUCUGUCCAGAGAUCUCCUAGGUCCCAAGUUGGAAAUCCCUGUAGGAUACAAUAGUUGUGGUCCUGUAUGCAAUCAGCUGCCCACUGGCCAUAUUACAGUAUACAAGCUUUUCAUCAGACCAUUUCAGAUUUGUGUUUUGGUACAAUUAUAAGUUGCAGGUCAUAACCUUUCAGGGAUCCCUAACAAGCCUAAAUCCUGUGUCAUCCCUGAAUUCCAAAAUCUUCUGGAGGAGACAUCAUUUGCCCUGCUGUGAAACCUGAGGGACCAGGGCUGGAAGGCCUAGGUUGCAGUUUGGAGCCUGCCCUUUAUGCAGGUUUCACUGAUCGCCACCCUAAGGCCUUGGUGAUUAGCUCUUGGUCUUUGAUCCUCAGCACUAUGGUAAGGCAACAUCAAAGAAUCCUGGCUCAAGCUAUGUUAAACCUUUUUAAAGACAGCAUUAUAAAAACAAAGAAAUCUACAACCAGUGGAAAAUGCCUUUGCCCUUUAUUUUUAAAGUCAUUAACACCACCUGUAAAUGUACUAUACAAUAUCAGAUGUGUAGUCCUCUAUGCCUUGGAAAAGAAAUAUGGCUGCAGUUAGAACCCGCUCCUCUCCUAGACUCACACUCCUAUUGGCAAUGACGCCUUUGCCCCCCAGCCCAGUUGCAGGGAAUAUCAUCACUGUGUGUGUCAGAUGUCACAGUGUUGUAUGUAUUGCGUUUUAAUGUUGAGCCGAAGCAAGUUGGUAACCUUCCACUUUGCUCUUUCUAAAGAAGACAACCAAUGUUUGUCAGAGAAAAAUCCCCAGCAGUCUGUCUUGAAGAGGCUGGGUCAUCCUUGUGCUGUCUUCUUUGGAACAGUUCAGCUGCAGAAAUGUCAGACUGAGGUUUUGUGCUUUGACAUUUUUCUUUAAGUAGACCACCACCACCUUGGCUUCUCACCUAAAGAACACUUCUUUUGUUGCUGUGGAGUUCCCUCUUGCUGUAUCUUCUAUGCAAUUCCUUUUCUAAGACUCUCUGGCAGAGGUAGUAUGCUCGCUGGGCAUCCCAUCAGUCCAUCGCCUUGCUGUGUGUUGGAAGUGGGGGAUACCAGCUCUGGGUGUGCCUCUUUUCUCUCCCUGGCUGCCUCUCCCAAUUUUUUCCUGCAGUCCCCUUGGUUUGUAAAUUGCCUGCAUUUAUUGUGUCAGCCAACAUGUACAAAAUGUAAGAAAGAAUUUUUAAACAGGUAAUAAAUUAUAUUUAUAAGCAA